GACUCCUGUGACAUUUGGCAUAAACUUUGACGCAGUCAUGUCGGAUUUAGAGGAAAUAAACCACAUUUAUUUGCUCAACAUAGAAUAUUUAGUUUCAAUCCCACUUCCUCUUUCUUCCAAUGUAUAUUCCAAACCGGUUCAGUUGUUUUGUAACUGCAGCUGAUUACUCAGCCGUGGAAAAUAACAUGAAGGUGUACUUCCCAUGACCACACCUCCUGAAAAAGCAGGCUCUUUGAUAAGGCGGCUGCACCCUCUGCUGCUAGUCAGUCAGAACAACUGAAGGCAACAGGCAUCAAGUCAUGGAGCAAAAUGUGAAGAUAGUGUCAAGGGCACAGUGGCAAGCAGCUCCACCUAAACAGAGGGAGAGACUGAAGAGCCUGGCCCGAAGAGUUGUCAUACACCACACUGCAACCCCAAGCUGCCGCGGCCUGAAGAAGUGUAAGGAGCAGAUCUUCAGCAUACAGAGAGGUCACAUGACAGAGAGAGGCUUCAGUGACAUUGGAUAUAAUUUUCUCGUUGAAGGAGGAGGCAUCGUGUUCGAGGGCCGUGGUUGGGGUGUAGUGGGGGCACAUUCCAAAGGCAACAAUCAUGACUCCCUGGGCAUUGCCUUCAUAGGCAAUUUCAACAAGGAUGCACCAAGCAAAGAGGCGAUACUGUCCGUCAAACAGCUUUUGCAAUCUGGAGUUUCCCAGGGCUUUUUAUGUAAAGAGUUUUCUCUGUUAGGACACAGAGACCUGGGUGACACAGAAUGUCCAGGAGAGAACCUUUAUUCUGCACUACCAAAUCUGAGGGGAACAACAUGAAUCCUGCUGGCCGUGUUGGAGGAGGAUUCUUUCUGGUAUGAAAAAGAGAUUCUUGGAUGAAGCACGGGCUCUUUUUUUUUUCAGUCUUCAAUUGUAAAAGAGAGCGUUUUCACACAGAUUUCACAAUGAAAUGGCUGCCUUUUUCUCUCAGAGGAAGUCAUCAGAUUCUGGGUUUAUUGCCAAGUAGGUUUACACAUACAAGGAAGUUGCUGUGGUAUGUUUGUGCUUAUGUAUAAAUAUAAAAAUAUAGUAUAAUAGAUUUAAAAAAUAGAUUAUAUAUUUGAAAAACUAAAACUAGAUAUAUUUGUAAAAUGAACAUUGAGACCCAAAGCCUCUCCCUGUCAAGGACAAAAUGUUGACAAACAAUUUUUAAAUUAUGGUGUACGACACAUUUUACAUUAGAAAUACUUUGUUUUAUAUUGUUAUCAGAGGAAUGUGGUGCAAAAUAAACAUUUCCUUGAAUUUAACCCAUUCUGAUAACCAGCUUUUAGAAAUAAGUACCAGUUGCAAAUCCAGGGCCACAGCUGUGGGCACAUCCUCAUGGAUUGCGAUUUGUGGAUCGCAUGUCGGAGGCUGCGGUGGUGGAUCCAGUGUGGUGGAUUCUAUGUUGUGCCAGCUGAUCGUAGUGGGAAUGACGGAUCCUUUGUCGCGUUGGAGUGAGAUAAUGGUGGUGGACCACGACAGCAAGAUCACGACAGAGGUGAUCUUGCUGGCUGCUGACCAUAGACUAUGAUUCCAGCAGGACUACAUGAUAUAUAGAAUUGAAGCUAUCCUUCAAAAAUGUUUACCCUCAUCAAUCCUGCUAAAAUCUUUAAUCUUGAUGAUGUUUUUCUACACUUGACAUCUAUCGCACGUCUGUCCAUCCUGGGAGAGGGAUCCCUCACAUGUGGCUCUAUCUGAGGUUUCUAUGUAUUUUUACCCUGUUAAAAGUUUUUUUUGUAGUUUUUCCUUACUCUUGCUGAGGGUUAAGGACAGAGGAUGUCUCACCAUGUUAAAGCCCUAUGAGACAAAUUGUGAUAUGUGAAUAUGGUCUAUACAAAUAAAAUUUGAUUGAUUGAUAUUCUGAUUGUUUAAUUAAUUGAUUAAACUAAUUCAGUUUGCGUUGUAAACCUGCAUAUUUGGGAUGGGCUUUUUUCCUGGUCUGUAUUAAUGCUGUGUAGCUACAUCAUGAUUAUUUGUCAUUACUGAUUCACUUUUUAAUUGUGUGCUCGACCCUGUGUGCAGAGCUUUUUAUAAACCUUAACACAAACCUUAGACCCCAGCCUGUCCACUGCGAGCUACCCUCUUAACAAAAUCCUGACUGUUUGCUGUCCUGGCUCCUAAGUGGUUGUGCGAGCUCCCCAAUGAUAUCAGGAUUUUGUUUGAGUAGCGAUUUAGUAGCACUUAUCUGUAGCACUUUGUAGUGUGGCUUUAUUGAAUUGUACUUUUUUGAUUCUUGUUCUGUGUUUGUACCCUCAUGGUUGAAUGUACUUAUUGUAAGUCGCUUUGGAUAAAAGUGUCAGCUAAAUAAAAUUGAAUGUGCCUGGUUUAUCUGUAA